UAACCUAAGAAUGAUAGAUUUUAAAGCUGUUGAUUUUCUUCUAACGCUGACGAGUAAUUAUUUUCUUCGUCUCUGUAUAAUAAUCGCAAUAAUUAAGCUUUACCGGUAGAUUAAUUCACGAUGGCAGAAACUCUCGGAAAAGCAUCCGCCCUCUCACAAAAACCGGAUCAAACUACUGCCGGAGUGGAAGAAAAAACGAGAACGACACCUGGAAAGAGGCCGGAAGUUGCCGAAGAGGAAGAUUACGAUCCCUUCGUGCACAGACCACUUGAAAAUUUAAAUUCGGAUGCAGCGAUCUUCAUGCAUCUGUUCAAGUCUACGAUUGGAAGUGGCAUCCUCUUUUUGCCGCACGCCUUUAAAGAGGUUGGUACAGUUUCAGGAGGAGCUUGUUCCAUCCUCAUAGCAGUCCUAGUUACGUACACUGCUGUUACUACGAUACGAUGUGCUCAAAUUCUCUGCAAGCGGGCUCGCGUGCCUUCAUUAGAUUUGGGUCAAGUGGCCCAAGCAUCCUUCGAAUAUGGUCCAGCAAAUGUAAGGAAAUAUGGGAACGGAUUUAAAAUCGCUACGAAUUUCGUCGCCUGCUUCGCGGAGUAUCAAACCGUUGUAAUAUACAUGCUGUACGUGGCGAGUUCGUUCCAACAGAUAAUCGAAUAUCUCUCUGCGGUGGUAUGGGACAUAAGAAUAUAUAUCAUAAUAUCAGCGCCAUUUUACUGCGUGGUUUCACUGGUUCCAAACUUGCAGUAUUUGACUCCAUUUUCAGUUAUUGGAAGCUUACUUUUGACCGCUGGUUUCUUCGUGACGCUUUACUAUUUUUUUGAAGACAUAAAAAGCCCCAUUCGGCUUUCCAUGUACACCAGCUUUUUCGCAAUGCCCGUCUACUGCACAAUAUUUCUCUUCGCCCUCCAUAAUAUGUGUUUACUGAUGCCGUUGGAAAAUUCUAUGAAAACGCCCCGACACUUUCCCAUUUUACUGGCGAUAUCAAUGAUGUUCAGCGCUUGUGUAUAUGUAAUGUUCGGAUUUUUUGGAUACAACAAGUAUCCCGACACCUGUGAUACCGUCAUAAAGAAUCUUCCAAUGAAUCAACCAGCCGCGCAGGCUGUGAAGGUGGCAAUCACCUUGUCCGUAAUGUUUGGCUACGGAAUUCAUUACUUUGUUCCGGUCUCAAUACUAUGGCCGAAAAUAGCUGAAAAAGUCGAAGAGAACAACCGGAGGGUAUACGAAGUCAUAUUCAGAAUUGGCGGGGUCAUAAUCACGGUUCUGGUUGCCGUCGCCUUGCCCGAACUGGGACCUCUCCUAGGCCUUUUUUCAGCGCUUUGCUUCAGCUCGAUGACGUUGUUACUUCCCGGAAUUAUCGACCUCGCCACAAAGUGGGAAGACUCGAAGAAUCCCAAGCUUCUACUCGUCAAAAACAUAUGCAUUUUCCUCCUGUGGAUUGUUCUUCUGGUAAUUGGUUGUUUUGAAAGCAUGAGGAAAAUAAUACAAAACUAUGGCGGAACGAAAACAGAGGACUCGAUUUGCCGAUGACCAUACCCGUAUAGGUAUACAGAAAAAAGAUCAUCCCAACGGAUCCAGUAAUUGAAAUUGCAUGUAUGGAUAUUGGAAUUUUUUCAGACUAAUAUUACCGAGGAAAUCUAAUGAUUCCUCCGAAACAAAGCAUCGGUAUUGUCGAAUCCUUAGUGAUAGAUCAAUUAGUGCCGCUGUAAUUUACAUAUUGUAUAGCGCUAUUUUCGCUUUCGAACGACCGCGUACAGACGCGCUUCUGAAAACAAAUGUGAUCGCAGCACUUUCCUGCGGCGUUACAUUUAUAACUACAAGUAUAUAUAUAUAUAUAUAUACGUACAUAUACAUAUGUGUUAUUCUUUGUACGUACAAUAAAAAU